AUGCCGGGGGGACGGGGCCUGGUUGCCAAGGGCGGGGUCUGGUUGCCGGGGAGCAGGACCGUGUUGCUAAGGACGGGUUAUGUUGCUGGGGGCAGGACUGGGGAGCUGGUGGCUCUCAAGAAGGUGCCCCUGCGGCGCCCCGAGGACGGGGUGCCCCCCCAGACCCUGCGCGAGAUCAAGGCCUUGCAGGAGAUCGAGGCGCACCCCCAUGUGAUCCGGCUCCGCGCCGCCUUUGCCCAGGGUCCCGCCGUGGUUCUGGCUCUGGAGCUGCUGGUGGGGGACCUGGGGGGGCUCCUGCGCGCAGCCCCCGCCCCGCUGCCCCCGGCCCGAGUGCGGGCGCUGCUCGCCAUGACCCUGCGGGGGCUGGGCCACAUGCACCGGCACCGCCUGCUGCACCGGGACCUCAAACCAGCCAACCUGCUGCUGGACAGCGCCGGGCGCCUCAAGCUGGCGGAUUUCGGGCUGGCGCGGGUGCUGGGCCCCCCCCCGGGGCGCCCCUACAGCCACCAGGUGGCCACCAGGUGGUACCGAGCCCCCGAGCUGCUCUAUGGUGCCCGGCACUACGACGAGGGCGUGGAUCUGUGGGCUGUGGGCUGUAUUUUCGGGGAGCUGCUGACGCUGUCGCCGCUGUUCCCGGGCGAGAACGACAUCGAGCAGCUCUGCUGCGUGCUCAGAGCGCUGGGCACGCCCAGCCCGCGGGACUGGCCGGAGCUGGCCGAGCUGCCCGAUUUCCCCAAGCUGCGGUUCCGGCCGCGGGCGCCGCCGGGG